AUGGACGAGGUUGAUGGAAUGAGUGGAACUGAGGACCGUGCAGGGAUUGCUGAAUUGAUACAAAUCAUCAAGGAAUCAAAAAUUCCUAUAAUUUGUAUUUGUAACGAUCGGCAGCAUCCGAAGAUAAGGAGUCUUGCGAAUUAUUGCUUCGAUGUACGCUUCCAAAAACCGCGUGUGGAACAGAUCAGGGCUAGAAUGAUGUCCAUCGCAUGUCAGGAAAAGUUGAAAAUCUCAAAGGAAGAACUGGAUCAGAUGAUUGAAUUGUCAGGUCACGAUGUUAGACAAUCAAUCUACAACUUGCAGUUGUACUCAUCAUCUGGUGGAAAAACUAAGGUGCAAAAGAAGGACGUUGCAGUUGGACCAUUCGAAGCAGCGCGGAAGCUUUUGGAUUCACGUUCGACACUUCAAGAAAAACAGGACAUGUUCUUCGUUGACUACGGCAUCAUGCCGUUGCCCAAACAAGCUUUGGCUGGAUUGCGAAAAGCGGCUGAUCUCAUUUCGCAUGGCGAUACAAUUGAACGAUGUAUCCGUUCUACCGGUACCUGGAAACUGCUGAAUGAACAGGCAAUGCUAGGUUGCGCACUGCCAUCCAUUGCCGUGGAUGCACAUCUGCGAGCGAUGAUUCAGUUCCCAGCAUGGUUGGGCAAGAAUUCAACUGCUAACAAACGGCAACGUCUCUUGAAGCAGCUAGCCAUGCAUACACACCUGAAGAUCUCAGCUGAUAACUAUUCACUAGUUGCUGACUAUGUGCCUGUAUUGCGCGACUGUCUUACGAAACCGCUUCUGGAAAGGGAAACGGAUGGAGUUUUUGAGGUGGUGUGCACAAUGAAUGAUUACGAUUUGAUACGAGAAGACACUGAAGCCGGUAUCAGAGUUAAAGCAGCCCUAACGAGAGCCCUAAAUAAGGAAUAUCGAACAUUACCCUAUGCAACUGAUGAUAUUGGGAAGACACGUAGGAAAGCUCAGCAAGUUGAAUACGAGGUGGAAUUAGAUGAAGAAGGAAAUAUUAUCGAAAGGAUUGAUGGCGAGGAAAGCGGGUUUGAGGAUGAUAGUGAAGAUGAGGAUUACAAGCCUGGUUCCAAGUCAAAAGCAAAGCCGAAACCUACUCCAACUGCUGCACGUGGGCGUGGACGAGGCGGCAGCACCGGUGCCACAUCUCGUGGAGGUGGUAGCGCUAAGAGAGGGCGGGGUAAAUAG